GAGACAUCGUUUUCUUCUCAUCGAAGGGGUUUGCAGUUUCUUUUGGGUUAGUUCUGAACCGAAAUAAUCUUCUUAUGGGUUUCCUCUGAGGCGUUGAAGACGAAGACGUAAUCGAGAAGUGGACCUUUGAUCUAACUCAAGAAAUCUAAGGGAUUAGCUUUGAUGGGAACCAUAGACCUUAGGGCUGCUGCUGCAGCAGAUGAAACCUCCAUUGCUGAUCUCAGUGGUCAAGUUCACCAGCUUCCUUGCUGCAUUAGAUUCGACGGUCCUACUCAAGUUUCCAACUAUUUCAAGCCUAAUUCCAGUGAGGUGGAAGUUGAUGGAGUUAGAACGGAAGAAGCUCAUUUCAGAGGAAGGAAGUUGCAGGGAGCUACUAUCUCACUCCCUAGUCGCUACUCUGGUUUUGUGCUUGGACAAGCGAGUAACCGAAACGCCAAUGGAAAGAGAAAAGCUUGUAGUGAUACAGAGGAGAAUCCAUGUUGGGAAGUGAAGGCGAAAUUUGAUAAAAUGACAUACUGGAAUCAUGAUACUCUUCCUUCAAAAGAUGAUACUAUCUUGCGGUCUUUUCAUUGGUUCAACAUUGCAGAAGCGCUGCACAAGCCAGUGGCGGUUGAAGACUUGGUUGCAGUAACAGAUAAUGGAAAGAGUUAAAACAUCAAGUGCCGUUAACUGAUUUGGUUGUUUAAGAAAAGAUGUUGUGAAACAAGUAUCAGUAGGUAAUUUAAGAAACAGGUGACUUGUUGGAGCCUGGAUCAUGUAUUGUUUCUGUAAACGUUGUUUGUUUGUAGGAAAAAUGACUAGAUUGGAACAGUUUCAUUUAAAUAAAAUUUCUUUGAAAACCAGAUUUACACAACAAAGGAAAAUAGACCACAGGCAACGGAAGCUAGUGAGCAAGAACAUAUACAAAAGCAAACCAUAUAUUUGUUCGACACCCAUCAAUACAUCUUCAUCAAGCUUUGUAGGUGAGGUAAACACUGAAAUGGAGAAUAGUGUCUUGACCAUCAGUGAUAUGCUGAUUAUUCUGGUUAUGCAGAGUUUCCACUAUAGCAUACCCUUUAGCAUGCUCAAACUUCCCUGUCCCACCAAUAACAGCAAUCUGAGAGGCGUGAGAGGCUGUCCUGUGAACUCCAAAGAAGCUAAUAGCAUCAUCCAAAGUAUCAUGAUGGUCAUGCUCUCUGUCUAGCAACACUGUCAGAGAAAGAGUCUGGCUAGUCCCAUCCAAGGAGCUUGCCAGGUAAAACCCCUGAGCUUUCCCUAUAACUGCUGAACCUAGCUCGUGGCUUUCUGUUAGCUCAUCGUCUACAACAGUUAUGGUUCCAAACAUGAGAUGCUGAAGAGCAGCACCCGGAGGGAGGUUUCCUGCAGUUACAAAGGGGAGACUGUUGGAGCUGAGAGCAUCGUUGGAGUUGCCGUUAGUGUUUUGUAUCACUGUGCUGGUUUGAGCACCGCCUAGGCCUGUGAGAAGUGGAGCUGUGUUUGGGUUAAUGACACUGUUGAUGUUGUUUGAGUUGACUAGUGGUACUCCGUUGUCUACAGGGAAGAUGCUGUUGCUGGCCUUUGAGAAUGGUAUACCGUUCACUUCGGUUUGUGCUACUAUACCAGUGACCACACGAGCUGAUGGGUGUGACCCUCCUAGGACGUCGUGCAUAAAGAACUCUAGUGAUGGCUCGUGUUCACCCCCUGCUGGACCAGCUGGGACUGUUGUUGCUGGUGCAGGUUCUUCCUCAGCUUCUGUUGGAGCCACCACGUUGGGGAUUUGACCGGUAGGGACUAACUGAGACUGAGGUUGGAUCUCAUCAAGAAGCCUAGCGGAGUUGAUGAAUGGGAGGAGGUUGGCGGAUAUGAGGAAGAGAAGGAUGGUUAUGUGUAGAGCUUUGGCCAUUUUAGUCUUUGGUUUCUCAAGUUGUGUUGUGUUUGUGUGUUGUGUUUGAUGUUU